AUGUAUCCAAGCCCGAUGAAUCGGCAGUCGAGCGAGCAGGAUGAUGUCGCGUUUUUGUUGCAGUUGGAGAAAAACUGCUCAAAUGACGACGCCUCCUUCGACCUAAACUUCGAGUUCAACCUCGAGCUCAAGAUCGAGGACCUCAUCGCCAGCCCAACGCGGCUUUGUCAACGGGUUCCGACCCCAGGAUUAUUUAUCGGAUUUGGAGGACGAUUCUUGAGAGAUGAGCAUAUUGACCAAAGCUGCAUCGGCUUCAACCAGCUCUGUAUCCGCUUCUUCAAACGUGUUUUUCGAAUGACGGAUCGUAAAAUAGUGCCGUUAUUGAAGGAAAUACAAAUGUCCGACGCGGAAUAUGUCGUACUCAAGAAUGUGAUGAUGUUCAGUGCAGGAUUUGACCUGCCCGAGCCCGAAUCUGCUGUAGCAAGAGAUGCGCGAAGGAAGUAUGAUGCACUUUUGGCGAAGGCACUACGAGAGCGAAUACACGAAGAAAAGCGAGCUAUAGAGAUUACUGGGAAGAUUAUGGAGAUUGUGCAUUUGGUGCAGGACUUCUUUGAGAAGGUGGCCACCAACGUCGUCAGCCUGGCUAUCAAGUCACUCGCCGAGGCGAAGAGACGCAGUCUCGAGGAGGUCAGAAAGGUGCUGAAGGAGUCGAUCGUCGACCUCGAGAUGUACAUGCUCCAAGGCGAGAAACCUGGCUACCUGGCCUUUGAGAAGAAGAGGCAGGUGGCCAAGGAGUUGGCCAAGAUCGCGCGCGAGGGCAAGGUGCGGACGCUGGAUGACGCGUUCUUCGUGGCCGACGGGCUCGUCUCCCGUAUCACCGACGAGCUGCCGGAGGGCAAC